AGGAAGUUGAAGCAUUUAGCAGCGGCUGCUGUGGAAAGCUCCACCUCUGCAGGUGGAUGUGAACCACUGAACACUGGAAAGAGGUUUCAGUGUAUGGGAGUAUUAUUAAUUUACGACUGACAGCAACAUGGGACUGCUGUCUGACCCAAACAGAAGACGGGCUCUGAUCAGCCUGCUAACCCGCCUCAAUGCUCCAAUCUGUGUGGUCUGUUACAUGGCAGGUGUGACCUGGUUCAUGGGGUUAGCCUUUGAGCCUUUCACUCUGCGGACAUACAUGUCAGAGAAUGCCAUGGGAUCCACCAUGGUGGAGGAACGCUUUCCUGCAGGGGAGAGAGCACUGGCCACGGGCAGAGAGUUUUCUGCUCAUAAGAAGAAAACAGGUGGGAUGCCAGUGAAUUGGCUGGUGAAGACCAUGAAGGAGCGGGGGCUGGAGGUGUAUACCCAGACAUUUUCUCGUACUCUACCCUUUCCUGAUGAAAACAAAGAGAGAUAUAUGGUAAAAGGCACAAAUGUAUAUGGGAUUCUUCGGGCCCCUAGAGCUCCACGGACUGAAGCCUUGGUGCUCAGUGCCCCCUGCAGCCCAGGGGACAACAACCAGGCAGUGGGGCUUCUGCUGGGCCUGGCUCAAUACUUCAGGACUCAGAUUUAUUGGGCCAAGGACAUCAUCUUCCUUGUAAAUGAGCAUGAUCUGAUUGGUAUGCAAGCCUGGCUGGAAGGAUACCACCACACCAACACUACAGGAAUGGACUGGUCCCCACUUCAAGGCCGUGGUGGUUCAAUCCAGGCUGCUCUGUCCCUUGAACUCAGCAGUGAUGUCAUCACCAGUUUGGACCUGGUGUUAGAAGGACUCAAUGGCCAGCUUCCCAACCUGGAUUUAGCCAAUCUCUUCUAUGCCUUCUGUCAGAAGAUAGGAGUCCUCUGUACUAUCCAGGGCAAACUGCAGAGGAAUGAUUGGGACAGUGUGUCAGGCUACAGUCAUGCAGUGCAGACCAUGAUGCUGAUGGUGAUGAAGCAGGCCAGUGGGCGGCCUUGGGGGGAUCAUGGCCUCUUCUUGCGCUACCACAUCGAGGCUGCCACUGUCAAGGGUGUCAACAGCUUUCGUCAGUACAAGACUGACGCUACCACUAUUGGAAGGCUCUUGGAAGGAAUGUAUCGUAAGCUGAAUAACCUCCUGGAGCGACUGCACCAGUCCUACUUCUUCUACCUCAUGCCGUCCCUUUCUCACUUUGUCUCCAUUGGUUACUACAUGCCAGCCUUUGGCCUCCUAGCCGUCAUCCUGCUACUACGUGCCUUAGAUCUGUGGGUGCAACUUUCAACUCCGCCACCAAGAACAGAAGAUGGAAUCGCUGACACCGAGCAGGUGUCCAGUCCAGGGGUGCUAUCAGUGUUGACUCCUCUGGUGAUCAGCCACCUGACGGGUGCUGCUCUGUACGCGCUGCCUAUUCGUUUUCAGGAGAUGGCUGUGGAACAUUUCCCGGUGUCAGAGACUGAGGCUGUGGUUAUGACGGCUAUCGCUGUGUACACUGCAGGACUUGCUUUGCCACAUAACACACAGAGGCUCCUGUCAGGUGAGGGGACAGAGCAGGGCUGGAGAGUUUUGAAGCUGGUCGCUGUGUUGUACCUGGCAGUUUUACUUGGCUGUACCGCCCUCAUCAACUUUUCCCUGGGCUUCAUCCUGGCUCUCAACCUGGUGCCUGUAGCUGCCUUCGUUACACCCCAUGUGCCAAAGGUCCUAUCAGCCUUCAUCCUGGUCAUCCUCAGCCCGGCCUGCACACUCCUCUUUUCUGUCUUUUUCUUCCAAGAACUGGUGGAGGUGCCAGUCAGCUUCCAGGAUGGCUGGUUGCUCUACCUGUCGGUCAUCUCUCAGGGCAUCCUGGACCACUGUUUGUAUGGCUCUCUGGUAUACCCCCUCAUAGCCCUGCUGGUCUAUCCCUGCUGGCUGCUUUUCUGGAAUAUUCUCUUUUGGAAGUAAAAGCUUGUCACAAGGGACCAGUGAAGAAAAUCCCUCUGAGUUUUUCUCAGGUUUGUCUUCAUAGGGAGAAAUGUGAAUGACAGACAAGUUAAAUCUACUGAAAAAGAGGAAUAACUUUCAGUGACUUGGAAAGAAUCCUGUGACUCCCCUUUUUUGGACAUUUUGUUGUUUUUCCUCAUCUGUUUUGAAGUAUUUUAAUCUUAAAGCAUUUGGCAAAAAAUCCUGUUGACUAACCAGGCAGAAUGGACUGUUUGUACAGAAGCUGAGAAAUGGACAUACUUGCCAUUAUUAUUUUGAACACUUUCAUCUCAGAUAAAAGUUUCCUUGGAAAAAUGGGUUCAUUAUCUUGUCAUCUUGAGAUAAAAAAAACUUUACUCUUUAUAUGAAGGAAAUAAACAAUAAUUGCAGGCAUGGCAGUUCUAAGCUUUUGUAUUUUUUACUGUACAUCUUACAAAGACAUUUAAAGGGAGAGGGGAUGAUCUUUUCCAGUUACAACUUUAAUGGUUGGGCUGCUUUCCAUAAAAAUUUUGGUUUAAGGUUUUAUUUAUGAACUUGUUAGUGGUACAAAAAGAGAAAUGAAUGCACCGUUUUGUUUUCUGUUGGUUGGACGAUGAUGAUUGAAAUGGCUUCAAGAAGUUUGGUUUGUAGUCGGCUUUCUUGAUGUCUUUACAUCAGCGUCUUUUGAAAAGCCAUCACUACAGCUAAUAUUUUUUAUAUUGUUUUGAUAACUUGCUUUGAAUGUGUUCAUUUGAUAUUUAUA